AUGUAUGAAAUUCGCAUUCUUAAAGGAUAUUGUUUUAUUGGUAUUUACUACCUUCGAAAACUUUGUCCACAAGUCUAUAAGUUCUUUGUUCGGUUGGACCACAUCAGAAAGUGCUUCACUCAAAAGGGUGGAAUAUUUGUUUUGGAGGAAUAUAAUCCUAAAACACGUCAUGUUAUUCAGCGGAAAUAUAAAUCAGCAAUGGCUGAUCAGAUAUGUUAUGCUGUCCUGUGUGUGUUCUCAUAUGUGGCUGCGGGAAGUGAGCAGAAGAAAAUGGAAGUGGCUGCUGCUGCUGCUGCUGCUGCUGCCGCUCACAGGAAAUGAAGGAUAUGACAUGCUGUUUAAAGAUUAUAAAAUAUCUUCAUUUACACUAAAGACUUUAAUAAGAACUAAAUCGAAAUUGACACAAUAUUAUAAAUUCACACACACAAAAAAAUAUUUGAUAAUUUUAUUUUAAAGAAUAAUAUAUUCAGACUUCAUUAAGUUUCUUUGUAUGUCCAGCAUGCAGUAUUAUUAUUAUGAAAUAGUAAUACUGAGUUGAUUGAAGUCAGAGGCUGUAAAAUCACUUCCUUUCAACCAUGUUUUUUAGCAAUUAUCAAUCUGAUGUUAUUUCAUGCCAUGCUUUCCUACUGAGUCUUGAUUUUUAUUUUUUGUUUUCAUUUUAUAUCAUUUUAAUUUAUUUUAUUUCAUUUUUUGAAUGACUGGAUAGAAAAAAUAUUUUGAUAGACACUGGUAUUAUACUGGUGCUUAAAGUAGUAGCUAUUAUAUUGUAGAAUACUUAAUAAUUUUUACAAUAUACAUGUUUUAAUGUUUAGGAAAUUAUGUGUAUAUUAUUGUACAUUGUGUAGAUAAUUUGCAUAUUGUUAUUAUGUAUGUAAGCAUAUGUGUAAAGCACAUAGAUAUCCAUGUGUUUUGUUAUUGGCUUUCUAGGUUUUGUUUAGUGUGUAACUAGAAAUCAGUGCCUACAAGGUUAUAGAAAAAUUAGGGGUAGAUUAGACCAUGUAGAAAGCCUGAAGUUAUUUCUGUUACACUGAAUAGGUUUGCGGGUACAUGAUCCUAUUCACUUUUUAUAAAUCUGAGAAUAUGACAUGGAAUUUCAGAUACCCAGUUUUGUACUAUGAGUUAAGUACCUAAAAUGACAGAUGUCUUGUGUCCAUAAUGUGAAUAAUUCUCCUUUGUAUUAAUGCCUAAUCUGUUUGACCAUAUCAAGCAUUGUUCAAAGAAAAACAUUUUUCUCUAGAUUGUUUUGGCAUUCUUAUUUUUUUGUUUUGACUUUCUCAUUCUUUCUUCAUUGCAUAAAAAAACACUAUAAAAAGGACAUAAUAUGGAAAGGCUGAAUCCUUUAAUCAUUGCUAGAGUAUAAGAAAAUAUUGCUGCAUGAGGACUUUUUGUUGCCACAAGUAUGCAGUUUAAUUUACUAUUGACUUUUUUUUUUAAUUUUGAGUUUAACAGAAAUUAAGAUUAAAACAGAUAACAAAAAGAACAUCAGCAAAUUUCACAUACUAAUUCUCAAGGCAUAUCCUUUUGGUAUAUAUGCAAAUCAGUGUUAUUUGAAUGCUAAUAAUGUCAGUGGAGAACACACACACACACACACACACACACACACACACACACACACACACACACACACACACACACACACACACACACA